AUGUCCGUCGCCGCUGAAUUCGAAGUCGCCAAUCAGCAGUACGCUGCCUCCUUUACAAAGGCCGACUUGCCCAUGCCCCCCGGCCGAAAAGUCACAGUCGUCACUUGCAUGGACGCCCGCAUUGACCCCGCCAAAAUCCUCGGUCUUACUGAAGGCGACGCCCACGUCAUCCGCAACGCCGGCGGCCGUGCCGCCGAUUCCAUCCGCUCCCUUAUAAUCUCCCAGCAACUUCUUGGUACUCGCGAGAUCGUCCUCAUCCAUCAUACCGACUGCGGCAUGCUCACCUUUACCGACGACGUCCUCCGCAGCAAGAUUCGCGCCGAGCUCCAUCAAAGCGCCGACCAUUUCGCCUUUCUCCCGAUCCAGGAUCUUGCCAAGAGCGUCGCCGACGACAUUGCCUUUUUGAAGAAAUCAGAAUUCAUCCUCGACGUUCCCAUUACCGGCUACAUCUACGACGUCAAGAGCGGUGCCAUUCUCAAGGUCUAA